AUGCUGAAUGAAUUCAGCAGUGUGAAGGAUGGAAUUAACUUCUCAGCUCUACCAACUCACGAACCCUUCAAAUCAGAAAUAAGGACCAACACCUACACCCUACCAGACAGCGGCAGGUUCUCCCUGAUCGGGAGUUGUGACAACCCAGGCUCUGAACAGCAGGUGACAGAGCGCAGCCCCCCCCCCGCCCCGCCGUGUCCCCAGCCGGGGGUCCCGCCUCAGGGAGGCCGGGGCGCCUCCGCCCCCGGGUGCCCGCGCUGCGAGGCGGCGUUCAGCCGACGGCUCCGGAGAGCGAGGCCGCCUCACGGGGAUGGAGCCCAAGCCGCCAGCGCGGCCCCCACACACCGCCUCCACCGCCCUGGAGGAGAACCCCGCCGGCCGGUCGGGAGCGCCCACCCGGUGUCGGCAGCGCUCCCGCCGCCGGGCCCCGCUCUGCCCGCCCGCCUCCUCCCCUCAGCCGCCGCCGACCGCUGCCCGCCAGCGGCGGGAGAGGGGGCGCCCGGCCGCCCCGGCCCCGCGCAGCCUCCGCCGGGCGCCCCGUCCCCGAACCGGCCCGGCCCACCGGCACGGCGGCGCGGGCGGGUCCCCCCGGGGCCGGAGCGCCCUCCCGGCCGCGGGUCCCGGCACGACGGCGCGGGGCUCCCGGCGGUGCCCGCUGCAACUCUCCCCGCUCCUGCCGCCCCCUCGGACGGGGGGCAGCGGCAGCCCAGCGCCGCGGAACUGCCGCCGCCGCCCAACGCCGCGCCUCACCUCACGGCGCGGCCGGUGCCCCGCGGAGCCCAGCGCAGCACAAGCCCGGCCUGA